GAGACUCGUUAUGAUGGAGCAGCUGUGCGGCGUGCUUGUUCUCUUCACUGUAAUGCGCGUUCAAGCUGCCCCGGGAACAAUGCCAGAAUUCUGCCGAAAGCCACCAGUGUUAAGUAGCUGCCAGACCUUAAAUCAGUCUUGGCACUUCGAUCCUCAAGAAAACAAAUGCAAAAUGUUCCCCAUGGGUUUUUGUGGUCGCGGCGUCAACAUAUUUCCGACGGAACAAAACUGCAGCACUGCUUGCAUGAACCGCGUUGGGAUGAAGUCGCCGGCCUGCUUUCAAAAUUCUCUUCCCGGCAGCUGUGAACAGAACCAUCAAGCUUGGUAUUACGACAGCAGGCUCAAGUUUUGUAAAAUGCUCAAGCAUGGCUCCUGCGGUAGUGGUAGCAACAGCUUUUUGACGGAAGUGAAAUGCAUGGAAGUGUGUAAAGGAAUUACAAAACCAAGGCCCAUCUGUAGUGCCAAGCCAACCACUAAACUCUGUUUUAAUCUAAAUACCAAAUGGUACUUCGAUGAGGAGCGAGGCACUUGUCGAAGGUUUGAUCGAGGAUGGUGCGCAAAAAAUGCGAAUGGCUUCAUUUCUUUGGACGUUUGCCUCUGGAGAUGCAGUUAUACAAAAUCAUGCUUGAGGUGCAAGAAGCCAACACCACCGAAGAUCGCCAGUCGUCCAAUUAACAAACCAUCCAAUACCAGCCAACUCUUGAAUACCAUCCAGCCACCCUAUGCCUCACAGCCCCCACCCAAUACCAGGCAGUCAUCCAAUACCAUCCAAACAUCACAUGGCGUUCCAAAUUCUAAUACCAUCCAACAAUUCCGUAACUUACAAUCAUCAGGUACUUUCCAACCAACCAAUGCCAUCCAACCACCCAAUACUAUUCAAUCAUCUAGAAACGUCCAGAACGUUAACAAAAUUCCACGCAAUUAUUAGACACCAACAAUCCGGUAACUUCCAACCACCUAAUGCCAGCAUACCAUCCGCCACCAAUCAACCAACUUAUAGCCCCCAAACAGCCAUUACCUCCGAGCCAUUCGACGCCUCUCAACCAUCAAGUACCAAAAACCAUGCAGCCAAAAUGCACCGCAAAUUUGGCCACCUCAUCAAAGCCCACUUCUCCAACAAGUGCCUAAAUAUUCAAGGCUGUUUGGCUUACACUCCACUGCAAUUUGACCAAAUUUGGAACACAUCAUUUGCGGCUUUGAAAUAAACGGUGCUGCUGGAGAUGGUAAUUGCGGUCACCCAGGCAAUAACCUUACGAAAAUGAAUGUUCUCGUUUCAGUUUUUGUGAUAGCUCAUUGUCCACUAUAAUGCCCAUAUGAACAGGGGCAUUGGUAACUAAAAAGUAGAGAAGAACGCGUCGUUUGUCAGAAUAGGAGAGUAUUUUGUCAAUAAUGUUUAUGCAAAGUCAUUAAAUAAUUACCAAACAAGAAAGAUGAGCUGUUUUUCUUGAAUUACACAAUAAGAUAU